UAUAUUUGUUAAAAUGUGCGAAAUUACCUAGCGCUCCGGCGUUCUCUCCCCAAUACCCACCGCCGGGUAUAUAAACUGUACGGCAAAGCUUUUUCCGUUCUAAUGGCGGGACGGAAUUAUCUACCGCCAGAUGCCUUAGCGUUUAGGGACGGGGAGUGUCAUCCACUGGCAGUCGGCGAUCAUCGGGUGAUCCCUCUUAUCCCUCCGCCUGAAGCCCAAGCCCGACUCCGCCCUGCGGCCAUAUUGGAGGACGGUAUCGCCAUCCAACACCGCCAUAUCCAAACCCUCCUCCUCGAGAACCAGCGCUUCGCCACUACUCACGUCGCGCUCAAGCGGCAGCUUGCCGCCGCCCAGCAGGAUCUCCGACAGCUUACCGCAGUCGCAUCCGCGGUCAAGGCCGAGUGCGAUGCCGAGGUGCGAGCGGUAUAUGAGAAUUCAAUUAGAGCGGAGGCCGAGACCCGCGCCGUCGCUGAGCUGGCCCAAGUCAAGGAUGAUAUUGAGAAAAUGAAGGCUGACCGUGAAGAGCUUACUGCUAAGUUGAAGGAGACUGAGGAUGAACUAGCGAAGGUCCGGCCGGAGUUGAAGCAAUUGAAGGAGAUUAAAACUGACAUUGCUACAAUUCAGAAGGAUAUCCAAAGAGGAAGUGUGUCUUCUCAUGCGGACAAGAGCAGGGCUGCUGUUGAAUAUGAAAAGAAGAUGAAAAAAAUUAAUCAUGAACAGAGUCAGAUAAUGGAGAAGAAUAUGAUGUUGAUGAGUUGUGAAAUUGAAAAGCUACGUGCUGAGCUAGCAAUUGCAGAGAACAGGGCGAGGGCAGUUGCUUCUGUAGGACCAAGCCAAGCGUAUCCAGCAGGUUAUGGAGUUCCUGCAACCGGUUAUGGUGGAAACAUGUAUCCUAACUCUUAUGCUAUGCAGCAGGUUCAGCCUAGUACUGAUGAUGGUACCGGAUAUGGUGGAGCAAAUUACAACCCGUAUGCUCCUUAUGAUACGCAACAACCACAUAUCUCAUAGGCAUGUUUUCAUUGGAUAGUUUGCAGUAAGUCGAAUGCUUCCAGCGAAGAUAAUCCGUUUCUGUGAUGGCUUUGAACGAAUUGGAGAGCAAAUAGAACAUUGCCUUUGCUGUUGUUGUCCCCCGCAUGAGAGCAUGAAAAAUCUUCAACUUUGUUUGUAAGUAGCAGAAGAAGACGGAGCAUUGAGUUCUUCCUCGAACCCAUGCUUCUCUCCUUUUCACAUUUUUCUUUAAUUAUAGUUUACAACUAUUAGAAUGUUUAUACCUUUCCACAAUUUUUUCCAAAAAAGUAACGUGGAAAGCUUAUUGGGUUUGAACCAAAGACGGCAUACUUGUAUAAGUAAUGUUUCAGUUAGCAGAAGGAGACUUCCUAGAACACCUGACGCACAUGCUUUUUCCUAUAAAUGGUGAUAAGUGAUA